GCGGCCCACACCAGUGGGGGUCCUCUAGGCGGCUCUGUGGGGCCCACGAGGCUGACCUGCCGGCCGCGGCCGCUUUAAGGCGGGGGCCCCGCCCCCGGGCUCGGGGCGGGAUCUUAAAGGCCCCGCCCCUCGGCUCCUCCCCCGGGCCGCGCGGGCGCAUUGGCUGUGCGGGGCGCGGGUGGCCGGCGGUCCUUUGAACGGGCGGCGGCGCGGAACGGGCCGGCUUGCGGCUGGGGCGGGGCUGGUGUCCGGGCUUCAAGGGCUGUGUCGGGGUCGGGGCCGGACACCUACGCUCCUCGGCGGCGGUGGCGGCGGCGUCCGGGCCAUGGCGGCCGAGGCGCGCGUGUCGCGCUGGUACUUCGGUGGGCUGGCGUCGUGCGGGGCCGCCUGCUGCACGCACCCGCUGGACCUGGUCAAGGUGCAUCUUCAGACUCAGCAGGAGGUGAAGCUGCGCAUGAUGGGGAUGGCGCUGCAGGUGGUGCGCUCCGAUGGCAUCCUGGCUCUCUACAAUGGGCUGAGCGCCUCCCUGUGCAGACAGAUGACCUACUCCCUGACUCGAUUUGCCAUCUAUGAGACCGUGCGGGACCAGGUAACCAAGGGCAGCGAGGGCCCCCUGCCCUUCUACAAGAAGAUCUUGUUGGGCUCCAUCAGUGGUUGUAUCGGCGGUUUCGUGGGGACCCCCGCGGACAUGGUCAACGUCAGGAUGCAGAAUGACAUGAAGCUGCCCCAGAAUCAGCGCCGAAACUAUGCCCACGCCCUGGACGGCCUGUACCGCGUGGCCCGAGAAGAGGGUCUGAAGAAGCUGUUCUCGGGCGCAACUAUGGCGUCCAGUCGAGGGAUGUUGGUCACCGUGGGCCAGCUGUCCUGCUAUGACCAAGCCAAGCAGCUGGUUCUCAGCACGGGGUACUUGUCCGACAGCAUCUUCACGCACUUUAUCGCCAGCUUCAUUGCGGGUGGAUGCGCCACAUUCCUGUGCCAGCCCCUGGAUGUGCUGAAGACCCGGCUGAUGAAUGCCAAGGGCGAGUAUCAGGGUGUUCUGCACUGUGCCAUGGAGACAGCGAAGCUUGGGCCGCUGGCCUUUUACAAGGGCCUCGUGCCUGCCGGCAUCCGCCUCAUGCCCCACACCGUACUCACGUUUGUGUUUCUGGAGCAGCUUCGCAAACACUUCGGCAUCAAAGUGCCGUCCUGAUGUGGCCGUGGGAGCAGAUGGGUCAUGCCCAGCCCCCUGCCCCAGUAUUUUCCAGAGUCCUGGAGGGUCAGCAGCUGAGCGCUGCCCUGAGCCCAGCACCUGCCCGCCGUGCUCCGACCCCCUCCUCCCUGGCUCAGGACCCCCGCCCCA